AUGGUUCAUCUCGCUACUAUCACCAAGGACUCCGAGUUCGAACCCUCCCUCGUCAAGCGCGUGGAUUCCAUCAAGCUCGAAACCUGUGAGGAAGAUGGCUUCUAUUCCACCGUGUACGGAACGCGGUUUGCGACUGAACAGCUCCCAAGCAUGGAAAUGCCCGAGCAGGAGAUGCCCCGGGAGGUCGCCUACCGUAUGAUCAAGGACGAGCUGAGCUUGGACGGUAACCCGAUGCUCAAUUUGGCGAGUUUCGUGACCACCUACAUGGAAGAGGAAGCAGAGAAGCUCAUGAGCGAGUCCUUCAGCAAAAACUUCAUCGAUUAUGAAGAGUACCCACAGUCCGCCGAGAUCCAGAACCGAUGUGUAAACAUGAUUGCCCGUCUCUUCAAUGCCCCCACCAAGAGUGAGGAGGAGCACCCCAUGGGCACCUCCACCGUCGGAUCCUCCGAGGCUAUCAUGCUGGGUACCUUGGCAAUGAAGAGACGGUGGCAGAACAGGCGCAAGGCCGAGGGUAAGGACUACUCCAGGCCCAACAUCGUCAUGAACAGUGCCGUCCAGGUCUGCUGGGAAAAGGCCGCCCGCUACUUCGAUGUCGAGGAGCGUUACGUCUAUUGUACCGAGGACCGCUAUGUGAUUGACCCCGCGCAGGCGGUGGAUCUCGUGGACGAGAACACCAUCGGUAUCUGUGCGAUUCUGGGCACCACCUACACGGGCGAGUAUGAGGACGUGAAAGCGAUCAACGACCUCCUGGUCGAGCGAGGCAUUGACUGCCCCAUCCACGUCGACGCGGCCUCUGGGGGCUUCGUCGCCCCCUUCAUCCACCCGACUCUCCAGUGGGACUUCCGCCUGGAGAAGGUCGUCUCCAUCAACGUGUCCGGCCACAAGUACGGUCUCGUCUACCCCGGGGUCGGCUGGGUCGUCUGGCGGUCCCCGGAAUACCUGCCCAAGGACCUGAUCUUCAACAUCAACUACCUGGGUGCGGAGCAGGCCAGCUUCACGCUGAACUUCUCCAAGGGGGCUUCCCAGGUGAUCGGACAGUACUACCAGAUGAUUCGUCUGGGCAAGCGCGGCUACCGCUCGAUCAUGGUGAACAUCACCCGCAUUGCGGACUACCUCGCCCAAGAGCUCGAGAAGAUGGGAUUCAUCAUCAUGAGCCAGCGCGGCGGUCGGGGUCUGCCCCUGGUUGCCUUCCGUCUUCCGGCCGGCCGGAAGGAACACUUUGAUGAGUUCGCCCUGGCCCAUCAGCUGCGCGAGCGCGGAUGGGUGGUCCCGGCCUACACGAUGGCGCCGCACAGCAACGCCUUGAAGCUGAUGCGGGUGGUGGUGCGCGAGGACUUUAGCAUGAGCCGCUGCGACACCUUGUUGAACGAUGUGAAGCUUGCAAUGAAGACGUUGAGCGACAUGGACCAUGCGAUGUUGGCCAGGUAUACCGUGCAUGUUCGGACGCAUUCGACCAACUCGCACAAGGCGAAGCACACCCACCCGGAGUAUAAGAACGAGACACACUCUUUGCAGGGCAAGACCGGCAAGACGCAUGGAAUCUGCUAG